GAGCUCCUCGUUCCCACCCGCAGUUUAGCGUUGACCAGGAAGCAGGAUCCGCAAGGGAAGCUUUGUAAGCAAAUUCAGGAGGCAGGUUUGCAUUUCUGAUUGAGAGCACUUGAGCAACUUCUCGGCGAAAGAGGCUGAAGGGCAGAGGAGCAAGUAGGAGCUAAAUUCCUUCCGCGUUGCAGGUUUGCAAAGCAAGACUUGGGAGAAGGAGGACCCUGCGGCUGAACUACAGCUCCCAUCAUCCUUUGCCACCGGCCGUGCUACUGGGAACGGUGGGAGUUGGAGUCCGGCAAGAGCUGCCAGAAACAGGAUCCAAGUAGCUCCUUAAAGACUUCUGAGUCUCUCUUGAAGAACAGAGAUGGACAGCUGGCAAGGAACCACCAGCCCUGUCAGCAGCAACGUGACAGAUCUAACAAUUGGUUUCACCUCCUCAGCAAUAGCUGUCAUCUUGUUUGGAACAAACUUUGUACCAGUUAAGAAAUUUGACACUGGUGAUGGAAUGUUCUUCCAGUGGAUUCUCUGUGCCGCUAUCUGGAUAGUUUCUUUGAUUGUUAACCUUAUUCAGAACAGCCCUAGAUUUUGGCCUCUUGCCAUGGUUGGCGGCUCUUUAUGGGCUACAGGUAAUAUAACAGUUGUCCCCAUUGUCAAAACCAUUGGGUUGGGCCUUGGUCUCUUAAUCUGGGCUUCUUUUAACUUGCUAACUGGCUGGGCAAGUUCAAGGUUUGGCUGGUUUGGGAUUGACCCAGAAGAAGUAGCAAAACCAGCUUUAAACUACAUUGGAGCUGGACUUUCAGUAUUAAGUGCCAUCCUGUUUCUUUUCAUAAAAAGUGAUGUUGAGAGCUCUUCUCCGUCAUCUGAGAGCACCCCACUAUUAAGACAUUCAAUCAACAGCUCUGAACAUAGCACUGAAAACAGGACUGAUGCUUCAUGGGUAGACCAUCUUUCUCCAUUGGGAAAGAGAAUGAUAGGCUGCUCCCUGGCUGUGAUAGCUGGAAUGUUUUAUGGCUCGAGUUUUGUGCCAGUGCUUUACAUCAAGGACCACGGCAGAAGGAAUGGAACUAAAUAUACUGGAGCAAGUCAGUUUGAUUUAGAUUACGUCUUUGCCCACUUCAGUGGCAUCUUCCUUACAAGUACCAUCUACUUCCUGAUCUAUUGUGUAGUAAUGAAAAAUAGACCUAAGGUUUAUCCUGAAGCCAUCAUCCCAGGAUUUGUUUCUGGUGUAUUGUGGGCGAUCGCCACUUCCUGCUGGUUCCUAGCAAAUCAUUACCUCAGUGCUGUGGUCAGCUUUCCAAUAAUCACAGCGGGUCCUGGCUUUAUAGCUGCAAUGUGGGGAGUCCUGGUAUUUAAAGAAAUAAAGGGGCUGAAAAACUAUCUGUUGCUUCUAAUAGCAUUUUGUGUUAUUUUGGCUGGGUCGCUCUCGACAGCUUUUUCUAAAGUCUGAAGAACCACUGCCUGAACCAGCAGGUGGAGCUGUGGCUUAAGACACGAAAGAGAAGAUAAUUUUCUUGGAUCACUAAUAUCAUCACUCUCUCCAGAGAGCCAAGGGGCAAAAGUCCAUAGAGCAAGAACUUUUUGUGGGAAAUGCGAGGCAUUCAUCAUGUUUUCCACAUUUGAGAAGAUAAGGGGAAACCUUUUCAUGUUCUCUCAGCUGGAUGAUUAUGGGCUGAAAUCCAGGUCAGAGGUUUUAAUGAUCCCAUAAUGUUUUGUGUUACGGUUUGUUGUUUAUUGGGGUGAGGGUAACGUAUAAAAGGAAGAGCUCAGUGAAGUGUAAGUGCUGAUUACUAUGCAGAGGAGUAAUGCCUGUGUUGGGGCAUUGCAUCUUGCUUUUAUUUCUAAUACAGGACCUGUUAAUAAAGACCAUCACCCAGAUACUCCACCUUUAGAAAAAGACACACAGAGUUUGCUCAGCAAACAGACUGAUGAAGAGUUCUGGAGAACUCUAAAGCUUCCUCACCACUUUAUACAACAUUUUGAUAUACCCUUGUAGAUUUUGUUUUGCUUUCUUUUUACUGAACCCAGCAUAGCUACCAAAAAAUUUCUGGACCAUCCUGUUGAGGGAGCACAAUGCACCAACCCUGUUGAAGCCAAGCAGGUAUGGCUUUGGUCAUUGCUUGGAUGAGAGACCAUCUGGGAAUCUUGUGUAAGCCAUGUUGAGUUCCAUAAUGGAAAAAAAGAUGGGAGAUAAAUGUACUGAACAAAUAAAGAAUUUUAAGCGUG